AUGCUCUUCGAAUCCCCUCAUGUGAUUCUUGAUGGCCCUCGUCCCGGUAGUAUUGGGAGUCUUGUGUAUGGCCCUGCUCAGACCGUGAAGGGCCAGCACAUCGUCUAUGUUCUCGAGUUGCUUUGGUUUUCGAAGCCUAGAAUUCGUGGGCUAGAUGAGCCUGCUAUGCCUCCAUCCCCUACUUCGGACUAUAUUUCUGGAUGUAUGGAUGCGAUCGCAGCGUUGACCGCUCUUUGGAGAAGGGAGGAAGAAGGUGGAAUCUGGAUUGGCAACAGCCAGCCUGAAUUAGUACGACAUUUUAUGCUGGGGUUGAGACUUGACCAUAAUGAUGAGGAGGAAAACCCCAGCAAGAACAUGGUGAUUUAUUUGCUUUGA